AUGGUGGAAUCCCCAUACCAGAAUACAUUUCACAAUUUAGAGAGUUACUUGCGAGGUAACCACAGACAUAUAUCAUCUCUGUCUUCGGAUAACUCCCUCGAAAACGACAGCCAAAGAAAAGUAAACUAUCAGGUUGAUAUCGAGGAAUAAUGAGUUCAAACCUUGUGCAAAAGUUGAUCAGAAUUUUUCCAGUAGCGGGAAAUGCAGUAGCUUCAAGUCGUCAGAUACAAGUGCCACAUCUUUUAAAGGUCGUCUCAUGCUCACAUUGCAUACAUGGCAUAAGAUGGUCUUCGAAUUGCCUCAGAGUGCGUGCUCAAUACAGUACAGUAGCUAGUGGCAGUGGAACAGCAUCAGAGAAAAAAGGGAGCUUAUGGCAGAAGAUCAAGUGGGAUUUAGGUUUCAUUUCAGGCCUGAAAUACAGUAAAUCUUUGCUGAAUGCCUCCAGCUUCCGGAUGUACAUAUGCUGCUCAGAAAUGAUUCAUCACAAUCAGUUUUUUCUAGAACUUGAUUUACCAGACACAUUCACCUCCUGGUUUCUUGUUACUGAUCUCCAUGUUUGGUUGUGUAUGCAGCGGCUAAGUUCCCUAGGGAAAGAUGGACGCCUCCUAUGUAACUUCUUAGUACAGGCAUUGUGGAAUGACAUGGAGGCUCGCAGCAAACUUCUGGGAAAUGCCAUAUCUCUUACAAGCCGCUCAGAUGGGAUCCAAGAACUGGCAGGUGUUUUCAAGGCAUCUCUUUUUGCAUAUGAUGAGGGCUUGCUGGGGGAUGACAAGGAACUGGCAGCAGCUGUCUGGCGAAUUCUCUUUGAAAUGCGUAAAGAUAUAGACCCUCAGAAGCUUGAGCUUGUUGUACAUUACAUAAGGAAACAGGUGGCUCAUCUUGACAGCCAGGAUGAGAAAACUAUCUUGGGAAAAGGAUUUGUGACAUUUCUGCCACUGCAUGGUGAGAAGCUGGAUGAAAGUACGGUUCUGAGACAAACCAUGAAUCUUUUAGGGAAAAAUGUUUGAAUUUGUGAUAUUUUCAGGACUAGACUUUAUAGAACGUAUAAAUGUUUGUGGGAAAAAGUUUUUAUUAAAGACUUUUUACAUUGA